AUGGCUACUCGUGAGCAGUUGGCAGCAGAGAUGGACCACGUGCAGCAGCAGAUGUCCGCAUUGACACAGAGGCACCUAGCGUUGCGGAGGCAGAUGAUGGAAUCCGCAAGUGCGGAUUCUGAGGUAGCAGGACCCAGUAAUAGAGACAUUCCAUUUUCUGAUACCCAGCAGUUAGAAGUGGAUACCCUGCCAGACAUACAUACUGGGACCAUAGCCUCCGAACUGCGCUGGAAUAAUGAUGCCCUACGGGCCGCUUUCUGGAACGGGCUGUCCGACCGUCUUAAGGACGAUCUGAUUACAAGGGAUUUGCCAGAUUCUUUGGAACAGUUGAUCUCACUCUGUGUGAAAGUGGAUCUCCGCAUGCAGGAACGAGGCGGCGAACGUACUCGGUCUGAUCGAUCCAGAUUCCGGGCUCUUCCGUCUAAACAAACGGUUACUUCAAAUCCAGACGAACCCAUGCAGAUUAAUCGGUCUCGGCUAUCUCCAGAAGAGCGUCGGCAUGAGGAAACCUCAGUAAUUUGUGUCGCCCAUGUUUGUCCUAUAGGGAAGGAGACAGAAGAUGACAUCUAUUGUGCAUGCCUGUCUAAGUCAUUAUGCCAGGUGGCCACACCAGUUACUGUUGGUUUAUAUGCCCCAUUCGGGGGCAGGGUUUACAUGUUACUGGAUCGUAUAAUAAAAUGCAUGAGAGAAGAAGCAGCUAAAGGACAACCUGCAAUUAAACCUGCUGGAUGGGGCUUCCUACACCUUCUCUGGCGGCUCUUUUUCUAUUAUCCUGUCAUCACGAAACAACAUCUAAAAUGCGAAAGCAUUCAAUUCAUAUUUGUACACUUUAGCGCUUGGCAGUAUGCAGGCAGUGAUCGUCUAUGGGCAGGCUUGGUCAUCACACUCUGUGAAGAAAUUCGACGCCACUUUGGAGUUCUUCCACUCAGUGUCUUCAAUGUGCUAGGUUCGGCACCCAAGAGAAACCUAGACUCUGAUUUAGAUAACAAGGAAUGGACCUUUAAGAAGACAUUCUGUAUCAUACUGGUGGUUACUAUUGUUUUGCUUCUUAUUGGCUUGCUCUUCUUAGUGGUUCCAAUUAAUUCCAAGACACAUAAAGGUGAUGAGGGGGUUUCAACUGUCUUUGGAAGCCUGGUUACAGUUGUGGCAGGCUCAAGCAUUGCAAUGACACUAUUUAAGCUGUGCAAGAGUGUCCUCGUAAGCCAAAAACAGAAGAUUGAACGACUGGUCAAUAACCAGAAGUUCAGCUCGCAAAUGGGCUUCAUGAGUGAGGUGAAAAAAGAGGUUCAAUUGAUUACCCAAAUUGUCCAAUACAUGGAGAUUUUCCAAAAGCAAAAAAUCAGAGUGGUCCUGCAGAUCACCAGUCUGGAACUUUGUGCACCAGACAAGGUGGUUGGAGUUCUGGAUGCCUUAAAUACCUUGUUGUCUGACCAGAAAUCUCCAUUUAUUUCUAUACUGGUAGUUGACCCCAGCAUUAUUGUCACUUGCCUGGAGAAUGCAAGCUCGCUUAAAGGUAUGGCAGACAACGGCUACAUGUUCCUGAACCGUACUGUUACUUUGCCAUUCUCUCUGCCAGCUAUUGGCAAAAAUACUAAGCUGCAACUUCUAAGAAAUGCUGUAGAAAGGAAAGAAGAUCUCAUCGACUGGCCCUGCCAGAAUGAUGCCAACAGAGGCACAAAGACAGAUAUUACAGAGUCUAUGAAACUGCUGAUAGAAGAGCAAACAGAUGAAAAAUCCAUUAAGAAUCUAAUUUAUUCUCUAUACAGUGAGUGUGAAGUUCUUCAUGAAUAUAUUCCUGACAGCAUAUGUCAGAUGAAACAAAUUGUCAAUGCAAUACCAGUUAUGGUCCAACUGAUAAAAUUGAGUAAAAUACAUUGGGACAACUGGUAUUCUAAAUCUGUAGCGGCUUGGGUUGUUCUCUGCAAUCAGUGGCCCUGCAGACUAAGUUGGAUCCUUCAGUGUCUGGAGGAUGAAGAGCAACAAGGCUCCAAAGAAGUGUUCAGCACCUGCCUCCUCUGGGAUAUAUUUACGAAGAACAGCACUGAGCUGUUUUCUUUAAAGACAGGGCUGAAGAACGUUUUGGACUUGGAUGGAGAUCCAGAGAUCUUCAUGAAGUUCCUUUCUAAAGACUUUCCUUUCACCGUUGAGGAAUCCAGGAAACUCAUCCAGUGCACAGUUAACCUGGAUUCUUCCAUAAAGAACAAGAUGGGACUUCUGCGUGGUAUUAACAAUCUUCAAAAGGAAUGGAAGACAACAAAUAAAACUGAUAAGGAAGAGGAUAAGAUUAAAAAGGAGGUAACAGAGGGAAACGAUUGUAAGAAAGAGACUGAAAAAGAUGGAACAGAUUGUAAGAAAGACUUUGGAAAAGGGGAAUCUGAGGAAAUAAGUGGAUCUUGUAAAGAGCCAAUCUUGUAUAGAACAGAUGUUUAUCAGGAGACAGGAGUAAUAUUUACAGCAGGAAUGCAGGAACAAGAGAUCAGUAACAUGGAAGAAGGUCUUGGACAAGUGGAGGCCCAAACAAAACUGUCUUUAUAA